AUGGCAAUACUUAGCAGAUGGGAUUUUGUACAAUCAACGAAUUGCUUUACAGUCGCCAGUGGUAUUGCAUCUUUACUUCUUACCGGUGGCGGAACAGCACACUCUCGGUUUCACAUCCUGCUCAUUCUCAAUGAAGAUUCUCUUUGCCACAUGAAGCCAGACAGUGAUGUUGUGAGUUUAAUAAAGAAAACUACUUUGAUAAUAUGGGAUGAGGCACCAAUGGUUCAUAAACAUGCAUUUGAAGCAUUAGAUAGAAGUAUGAAUGAUAUUUCCCAUGCUCAACGCAGUAGUGACUCACAUAUGCUUUUUGGGGGUACGGUAAUUGUUUUUGGAGGAGAUUUCAGACAGAUUCUACCGGUUAUUCCCAAUGCAGGUAGACAAGACAUCGUAAAUGCAUCAUUAAGUUCAUCUUACAUUUGGGAAAAAUGCAAAGUCCUAAGGUUAACUAGGAACAUGAGGCUAACUGCAAACAGUGAGAGUUCAGAAAUUGAACAAACAAGGGAUUUUGCAAAAUGGAUUUUGGACUUAGGAGAAGGAAAAGUUGGAAGUGAUAAUGAUGGUGAAGCAGUUAUUGAGAUACUUCAUGAUCUUCUCAUUACCGAUUGCAUCAAUCCUAUAUCUGCAUUAAUUGAAUUUGUCUAUCCCUCAAUUCUUGAAAACAUCAACAACUCAGCUUAUUUUCAAGAACGAGCAAUACUUGCACCAAAAAAUGAAGUAGUUCAAUAA